AUGGGUCCCAAUGUGAAGGACAAUCCAAUGCCAAGUCAUGGUCCUUCAUCAGUGAACAAUAUAGAAGUUUGUCUCAAUGAACAACAUGUUACGAAGAUAGAGGAGAUUCGACAGUCUUUGGUUGAAAUUCAUUCUGUUUUAUGUGCUCAUGGUCUAUUCCAACAUGACCACCAGAUCUGUGGUACAUGUUCAGCCAAUUCAAGAGGUUGUAGAAAGAUUCAAGAUGAUUUGCAAGGCGUCCUUGAUCAGGGUUUGAUUCAGAUUUCUAGACAAGCGAGUUCUCCAGAAUCACAAGAACAAGAGGUGAAUGUCAUCAUUCCUUGCUUCAACAUUCUAGAGAAAGUAGAGAUAGCUUAUCAUCCGAGGGAGCCAGUGGUGAUUUGCCCUCCGGGCCCAAUGCCUUACACUUCAGAUAAAGCGGUCCCCUACCGCUAUGCAGCAACUAUUAUUGAGAACGGUAAAGAGGUCGAGAUUAAAACCUUAGCCUCAGUUACCAAUAUCGCAGCAAAUAGCCGAAUGACGCGCAGUGGCCGCGUGUUCGCUCCAUCGGUUAUCCCAAGUAGAAAUGUUGAGAAAUAUCCAGUAGUCGUGGUACCAGUGACAAGAGAAGAAGAAGGGCAAACAAGCAAUUCAACCCUUGACAAAGAAACAGAUGAACUACUCAGAAUUAUCAAGCUCAGUGACUACAAAGUGGUAGAUCAGUUGCUACAGACACCAGAAGCACUACUGAAGGUGCUUGAUCAAGCCUUUGUAGAACAGGAUAUAACAGCAGAGCAGUUCAACAAUGUUGUAGGCAGCAUCACUUCGUGCAAUGGCUUAGGCUUUUGUGAUGAAGAACUGCUAGAAGAAGGAAAGAAUCACAACUUCGCUCUCCAUAUCUCAGCCAAUUGUCAAGGGGAUUCUUUGUCUAAUAUCCUAAUUGACACCGGUUCAUCUCUGAAUGUCAUGCCCAAGUCUACCUUGUUGAAGCUAAAGUACAAAGGGGGGCAAAUGCGGCACAGUGGAAUUAUUGUGAAAGCGUUCGAUGGAUCAAGAAAAACAGUCAUUGGAGAAGUUGAUUUUCCUAUUGGUAUUGGACCACACGUAUUCCAGAUCACUUUCCAGGUUAUGGACAUAGUGCCAGCUUAUAGCUGUCUGCUCGGACGCCCAUGGAUUCACGAGGCGGGUGCCAUUACAUCCACGUUACACCAAAAGUUAAAGUUUGUCAAGAAUGGGCAAAUAGUGACGGUUAAUGGGGAGCAGGCUAUGCUGAUUAGCCACCUUUCAUCGUUUAGUGUGAUAGAAGUAGACGAGACGGCUGUUCAAACUCCAUUUCAGGCCCUGACCAUCGAUGAUUACAAGAAAAGUGAAGGUUCAAUCGCGUCAUUCAAAGACGCCCAGCAGAUUGUCAAGACAGGUCCUACAGAAAUAUGGGGCGAGGUGAUAGAGUUGCCAGAAAACGUUAACCAUGCAAGAUUAGGCUUUGUUGAUGGAAAACAAGUGCAGACUUCAGUGGUGCGACCUUUCAAAGAUAUCUUUCACAGCGGUGGGUUUAUCAACAUGGUAGCAGUUGAGGAGGAUACUUUUGAGGGAAAGACAGAAGACGAAGGCCCCAGAUUUGUGACACCAGGAAUGGUUGUGAUUCAGGGUGGAUUGGUUCUGAAGGUUAUGGUUCAUAGUGGGUUGGUUCUGAUGGUUGAGGUUCAGAUGUGGUUGGAUUUGGAUGUUCCGGAGGUGGGGAAGUGA